AUGGACGUGCUCUUCGAUAGACAAAAAUCGCUGGCGUUGAACGGCGUAGACCUGAGCAGGAAAGGAUCUAUAGACGAGGAAAUUGUUCCAUUAGUUCAGCACAUAAAUAAUCACGAUAACUUCUUUACAACAAGCAGCUGUUCUGGAAGAAUAAUUGUUUUUGAUGAUCAUAUUGAUGAAGAAAAGCCUGGUUUGAAAGUAAAGAAGAAAGGAUGUAAAUGGCUGUAUACCUCUCAUAAAACUGCUGAUGCUGAAAAAGUGAUAGAAUCUUUGAAGGAAAUAACUGGUGAUGCUGUCUUUAAGUUUGAACCAUUUGUUCUACAUGUCCAGUGUAGGAACACAGAAUAUGCACAAAGAACGCUUUGCUGUGCUGUGGCUUCAGGAUUCAGAAACUCUGGAAUAAGUCUUGGUAACAAAGGAAAAAUUAUAGUGGGAGUGAGAAGUACACAUGGACUUGAAGCCCCCCUCUCUAAGGAUGGCAGUCUCUUGGUCUCCAUGGAGUUUAUCAGAUUUUUAACAAAGUCAGCGAAUAAGAAACUGGAGGAAAAUUUUCUAAGAAUCCACAAAUUUUUUGAAAGUGUGAAGAAAAUUGAUGGUAUGGAGAAUAAACUUGCCAGAAGAGAGAGGAAGAAAAAAGAUAAAAGAUCAGCUGGAGAUGGUGAUGUGGAGUUUGUGAAGAAUGUAAAGAGUAGUAAUAAGUUUGUGGAACCUUCACGGGGGACAAACAGUGGCAACAGUGUAUCUACCCCAUCUGAUUUAGGCAUAACGAUUGGACAACGCUCUCCCACAAAAGUUGGUACCAUUAGUCCUGGAGCAACAGAAGAUAGCAAUGCAAGGCGUACCAGUAAAACUGCAGACAGAGGUAGCUCUGGGGCUAUAGAUGAAGAAGAUAAUGGUACAAAGGGAAAAUGCAGCUGUGAGGCUGUUGAUAAAGGAGGUAUUGGUGCGAGGGAAAGCUAUGGAUCAGAUGAAGGUAGUAGCAGUGGAACACCAGUGAAUGAGGAUUCCUCCAUUGGAGUAGGUAGUGGUGGGUUUGAUCAGGACAGGUAUGGCCAGGAUGGCUCCAAGUAUCAUGACACAGUGGACAUAAUCACAGGAGACAUGAGCACAUGUCUGCUGUAUAAAGAUUUGACCUGAUAAAAUGAAAAAGUUACACAUGAAGACUGCCUCUCCAGAACUAUGAGGAUAUUGUAGCCCUAGGUUGUGGAGGUAAUGUGUGAAAUAUGAGUUCUGUGAUAUAGUGAUUUAUCUAAGGUUGGAAAGUCAGUCAUGGACAUUACUGUACAAUAUCUUUGUUAUCUUAAGAAUUUUCCUGUAGUACAGUAUAGAGGAGCUAUUUGAAGUUAACAUCUGUAACUUCUAUUAUGUAUAUAACUUCAAAUUAUUUUGUAUAUAACUUUAUACACAUAUAAAGGUUAUAUUCACAUAAACUGCCAAUUUCAUGCAAGGCUGAUGCAUGAUUUUGUUAAAGAUACUUUUCUAAAUCAUUUUGAAACAUUGAAAACAAAAGGGGUGAUUAUUCUCACCCUAAUCAUUUUGAAAUAUGAAAAAAAAAAUGGUGAAUAAUUCUUCCCAUGCGGUACACCAGCAUUACGCAUUCAAACUUCUCAAUUCCAUUAUCGACACAGGAUUUUGUAAUUUCAUAUAGAUUAUGCAACAUUUUGAAUAUUUAUCUGUAAGUGAGGAUUGAUUUUUUCCCUUUAAUCCAUCAGUCACAUAAUAUAAUAUUUUUUUAAUUGAUAAAUACAAUAGGUUACAAUAGGAUAUUUUAUUGACACGUGCAUUAAAUUGCCUCUAUAUCCAUAUCAUUACUAGUAUACAGUAUGAAAUACAUAGUAUAUUAGGUUAUACCUCGGUUGACUGAUUUAUAACUGGCUAAGUAAUUAAAUUUUAUCUCCCGAUUUUUUCAAUAAUUAUCUAAAUUAAUUUCAAAGUCUACUACUGUUUUGGAUCUUAUAACCGGCUCAGGCAGGUCAAAUGUACAACAUGAUUUUAAGAUUGUGCUCAGUUUUGAAAAAGCAAAAAAAAUAUUGGUGUCUCAUACCAGGAGAAAGUGUGUUCGAGUGAUCCUUGCCUGGCUGUCUAUGUACAAAAGUGGUUGUAAGACUAUCCCUACAACUUAAUGCAGAAUUCCCAAAAGGGAAAACUAUUGACACACAUAUCUAUCCUGAAGCUUGCCAGGAUGAAUUUUGACUAUCAAAAUGCUUCUGUCUCCAAAACUGGUCAACCAUAACGUUUUCAUGGUUGUGUUUAAAUUGUUCAUACACCAAAAACAAUAACAUCUGUGAAAGUUCUAGUAAUAUCCAAAAGUUGAUCUUUUGACCAUGUGACGUCAUAAGAGAAAUAUCUCCCAGUCAGCUGGUGCUAAAAUACGAUAUAAAACGACAGAUUUCUGAUUAUCUUUCAAAACUGAAUGCCAUUUGUACAUCCCCAUUGUUUUAUGAACCCAUUGCCAUGAGUCACAUUUGGUGUGGGAAGCGGCAUAGACAAUACAGUGCAAACAGAACCCCAUUACCAGCAUUGUAAACACUUCAUAAUUAUUUCACGAGGGAGCUUUCCGGAUUCUUAAUGAUAUGUGACGUCAUAAUAAAAAGUUAUUCCUUGAA